AUGGCACACCAAGCACACUCCUACCACAUAGUCGAUCCAAGCCCAUGACCAAUUUUCGGCGCAAUUACAGCCCUACUUACUACCUCCGGCCUAAUUAUGUGAUUCCACUAUAACUCUAUUGCCUUACUGACAGCAGGCCUACUUUCCAUACUCCUAGUAAUAAUUCAAUGAUGACGCGACGUAGUCCGAGAAAGCACCUUCCAAGGACACCACACCCCAACCGUGCAAAAAGGACUGCGAUACGGAAUAAUCCUUUUUAUUACAUCAGAAGCCUUCUUCUUCUUAGGCUUCUUCUGAGCAUUCUUCCACUCAAGCCUAGCCCCAACACCUGAACUCGGAGGACAAUGACCCCCAACAGGAAUCAAACCACUAAAUCCCCUCGAAGUACCCCUACUAAACACUGCAAUCCUACUAGCCUCAGGCGUUACCGUAACAUGAGCUCACCAUAGUAUUACAGAAGGAAACCGAAAACAAGCCAUUCACGCACUAACCCUUACCAUCCUUCUAGGAUUCUACUUCACUGCCCUCCAAGCAAUAGAAUACCACGAAGCUUCAUUCUCAAUCGCCGAUAGUGUUUACGGCUCCACUUUCUUUGUCGCCACAGGAUUCCACGGUCUACACGUAAUCAUUGGGUCCUCCUUUCUAACAAUCUGCUUACUACGACUAAUCAAAUUCCACUUUACAUCCAACCAUCACUUCGGAUUCGAAGCAGCAGCUUGAUACUGGCACUUCGUAGACAUCAUCUGACUCUUCCUUUAUAUAUCCAUGUACUGAUGAGGAUCUU